AUGGUCAUGGACGUCGCUCGUACGUCCAUGAUGCAUGCGGCUGCCCCCCAUUUUCUGUGGCCGUUUGCGGUCAGGUACGCAGCGCAUCAGAUCAACCUCCACCCCAGGGUCUCCAAGCCGGAGACCUCCCCAGCCCUGCUGUGGACGGGGAAGGUUGGCGAUGCGUCGGCGUUCCGGGUCUGGGGAUCUCGGGCGUUUGUCCGCAACUUGUCUGCGGACAACCUGUCCCCUCGCGCUGCUCCCUGCGUCUCCCUGGGGUUCCCCCCCGACGCCCCUGGGUGGCAGUUCUACCACCCCACCUCUCGACGUGUUCUGUCCUCCCAGGACGUCACGUUCGACGAGUCGGUACCCUACAACCGCCUCUUCCCCUACCGCACUCCGUCCCUCCCCCCGCCCCCGCUCUUCUUGGUACCAGGUCCCCCCCCGGUAGACCCCCUCCCCCCUCAGGGUCCUGCCCCUUCAGGUGUGUCCCAGGUAGACGCGGUCGAGCCUGUCGAGGUCACUGGUGACUCUGGUGCUGCUGCGCGAGCUCACCCUGGGAGUGCUGAGCCUGGAGGUGCUACACUUGGGGGUGCUGAGCCUAGGGGUGCGGAGUCUGGAGGUGCUGAGCCUGGGGGUACUGAGUCUGGGGGUGCUGAGCCUGGGGGUGCUGGGCCUGGGGGUGCUGAGCCUGGGGGUGCUGAGCUUGGGGGUGCUGGGCCUGAGGGUGCUGAGCCUGGGGGUGCUGAGACUGGGGGUGCUACGCCUGGAGGUGCUUCGUCUCGUCGAGAGCCACUCCCUCCACAGGAGCUGCGUGAGUGGUUUGCCCGGCGCUGGAGGCGUGCUGCUGGUGCUGGAGGUUCUUCGGCUGCAGAGGGUACUGCUGCUGAGCGUCCCGGAGGUGCUCGUACUGUGGGUGCUGGAGCUGCUGGGUCUGAGGGUUCUCCUGGAGCUGGUGCUGCUGAGGGUGUUGGCGCUCAGACUGCCGCUGACGGUCCGACUGACAGUGCUCCUGGUGGUGCUGCUGGAGGUUCUGGAGCUACUGGAGGUGCUGCUGGAGGUGCUGCUGGAGCGGGUACUCCUGCUGGGGGUACUGGUGCUGUCCCUGCUGUUCCUGACGUCGCCGCGCGGCCCCGACCGUACUUCGUUCCGCUCCUGCAGCAGGUUCUUGGUCUUACACCUUCUCCUGGUCCUCCUCCUCCUCCAAUAGAGGGUCCACAGCCUGUCUCGUCACAGUCACAGCUACAGCCUGCCUCCCCUUUGCCUGCUCCUUCUCCCUACACUAGUCCGACUAGAGGUCUUACCGAGCGUCGUGAGCCAGCGUCUCGUCCUGCGUCGCCUGUUCGUACUCUGCGCGCUAGUGGUCGCGGUUCGCGUCAGCGUCCUCCUCCUGUCCCUGGCACGCACCAAAUGUCUCUGCGUCCGUUUACUGCUCCCCUGCGUGCCCCUUUGCCUUCUCCUCCUGCUUCCUCUCUUCCUGCUCUUGCCGACCCGAAGUCGGACUCUCUUCGUGCUGCCAGUCCUACUGUCACGCGUCUCCUUGCUACUGUUGUCACUGACCCUUCUUUCGAGUCUUCUGCUGCGUCUGCCCUUGUCACUGAGCUUGUCGACUUUGCUGCGCGCUGUCGUCUAGACUACGCUGCUAGUCUUGUCGCUGAGUCUGAGUCUGCCUGUCCUCCGUCCGUCGGGGGUGAGUGUGCCCUUGGCACGGACGUCCUUGAGGACAGGCAGGAGGAGUUCCAGUGUCUGGCCGCCGCUUCACCUCAUCUCGCGUCUGUACUGCUAGCCCCUGAGGGAGACCCGGAUGCACUAGACAUCUCGACUCCGCGCUCUUACGCGGAGGCGAUAGAGGGUCCCUACUCCUCUCAGUGGCAGGCAGCUAUGGAUGCAGAGAUGGCUUCCUGGAAGUCCACAGGCACCUACGUUGACGCUGUCCCCCCUCCUGGGGCGAACAUCGUCAGUGGCAUGUGGAUCUUCAGGAUGAAGCGGCCGCCGGGUUCUCCGCCUGUCUUCAAGGCGCGUUACGUGGCUCGUGGCUUCAGUCAGCGGCAGGGGGUUGACUACUUUCAGACCUUCUCCCCCACCCCGAAGAUGACCACUCUUCGGGUACUGCUGCACGUUGCUGCUCACCGUGACUACGAGCUGCACUCUCUCGACUUCAGCACAGCUUUCUUGCAGGGCAGCCUGCACGAGGAGAUCUGGCUGCGUCGCCCACCUGGCUUCACUGGGACUACACUGGCGGCACUUGGGUUUGCUCCUUCUACUGCCGACCCGUCGCUGUUUCUGCGCACCGACACCUCUCUGCCGCCGUUCUACAUCCUCGUGUACGUCGACGACUUGGUCUUUGCCACAGUUGACACUGCUGGACUCGCCUACGUGAAGUCCGAGCUGCAGAAGAGACACACGUGCACUGACCUGGGUGAACUGCGCAGCUACCUUGGCUUGCAGAUCACCCGGGACAGAGCACGCCGCACCAUUACCCUGACUCAGUCACACAUGGUGCAGCAGGUCCUUCAGCGCUUCGACUUCACGUACUCCUCGCCUCAGGCCACUCCUCUGCCUACUCGCCACUCGCUCUCAGCUCUGCCUUCGGAUGAGUCCGUAGAGUCGAGUGGCCCGUAUGCAGAGCUUGUUGGCUGCCUCAUGUACCUGAUGACCUGCACACGACCUGACCUUGCAUACCCUCUUAGCAUUCUCGCACGCUAUGUUGCUCCUGGGAGACACCGACCAGAGCACAUGGCUGCAGCGAAGAGGGUGUUGCGCUACUUGUGCAAUACGUCGGGCAUGGGGCUAGUGCUGGGAGGGCGCAGUCCAGUGGUCCUCACUGGGCACGCGGACGCUUCUUGGGCUGACGACCAGGCUACGCAGCGGUCGUCACAGGGUUACACCUUCAGCCUUGGUUCCGGCUCUGUUUCGUGGCGGGCUACCCGCUCGUCUUCUGUUCUCGGCUCCAGUUGUGAGGCUGAGAUCUACGCCGGGGCUAUGGCUGCACAGGAGUUACGCUGGCUCACCUACCUGUUGACCGACCUUGGAGAGCCGCCUCGUUCUCCUCCAGUCCUGUACGUAGACAACAAGGCCAUGCUGGCCUUGUGUCGAGAGCAGGGACUUGAGCACAGGACAAAGCACAUUGCUCUCCGCUACUUUCUUGCUCGUGAGCUACAGCAGCGUGGACAGUUGCGACUUGCGUACGUGGCCUCUGAGGCCAACACUGCUGAUGUCUUCACCAAGGCACUUGCGCCUUGUGAUCAUCAGCGUUGCUGCACGCAGCUGGGCCUUGUGCCUGUCUUGCCUCACUUGCUCACUUCUUGA